GGAGGGGAGAAAAGCAAAGAAUGGACACUGGAGGGGCUGAGUGGGGAGAAGGACCCUUGUAAAAAAAAAAAGAGAGGGACAGAGAGGGGAGACAGAGGAAGGAACACAACCAGAGAGGCGAGAGAGAGAGGCAGAGAGAAAGAGAGCGAGGGAGGGAGAGAGGGAAAGAGGGGAGGGAGCAAAGAGGGUUAUCUCAUCUAGAGUUGCUAGUGCAAACGGUGCAGGGGAGAAGUUGUGGGAAAGUAAACAGAAGAGGAGAAUUCCAAUCUGUUUUUCAGCCACUUGCUCUCGCAGGGGACCACGAAGAUGACUGGGCUGGACCCGGCAGCGUGCUAACAACUCAGAGUUCAUGGGAUUAAAGUGUCACCAGGGUGUGCCUGAAGCUUCUGGGAGGACAUACUGCUGAAGACAAGGAGGGAUUAUGUCUACUGUGAUGGCUCAACAGCAACCUCCAAAAGAGGAUGAAGAGGAGGAAGAUGAGGAGCAAGGGGAAGAGUUUUCGUUUGGGGACAGUGAGGAUGAGGAGAAACUUGAGGAGGACAGUAAAGGGAUCACCACUGACUCUGCAAGAUCUGGCCAGUUGUCGAAAAAGGAGGAGAGGGAGACAUCCGGCAGUGUCUCACAAACAGGCCCAGACUGCACACAACCUGUCACACCUGCGCCUCCUGCUGGACAGGAGGGCAUCCUCCCCCAGGAUGUAGCUUCAAUUUCUCCUGCAGAAGUUCCAGUUACUGAGUCGCCCAGCGGGGCCUCAGCAGCGGCCGAGCCCAGUACCUCAGCGUCUGGUGGGGGAGAGGAGCUCCGGGGGCUUCCAGUCGUGCCGUCGGCUGUGGAGACGCCGACUGAUUCAGGAGAUCGCAGCAAAGCAAUCGGCAAGGAAGGCUCCGACUCCAGGGACGCCUCUGAAGCUUUAUGUGCGGCUGAAGCCGAGCCCCAGACGCAGGAGCCUUCCGAGGUGAUCUAUGAUGAUGUUCCAAGCGAGGACCCCCUCUCUCCCGAUGAUAUGAUCUAUGAAGAUGUUCAGAGGGACAGUGGUCCUCCGGAUGCCGACAAUGCGUGGAGCUCCAGUGAGUUCGAAAGCUACGACGAACAGUCCGAUAACGAGACCAAAUUACCAACACGGAGCAAGCUCGCUCCUGAAGUGUGUCGGCUGAGGGAACGCUGUGCCAGGACCAAACGUGAGCUGGCCAUGAGGCUGUCUGGCAAGCACAACUAUGACAUCAAGGUUCAGCAGCUCAUGAAGGCGGCGCGAAGCGGAACGAAGGACGGGCUCGAAAAGACCAAGAUAGCCGUCAUGCGAAAAGUUUCCUUCCUCCAGAGAAAAGAUCAAUUGGAAGAGGAGGAUGAUGCAGGAUACCUGGAUGUAGCUAUGUCAGAAGUGAAGCAUCCCCCCCCACAGCUGAGCCCCAUGCCAGAGGGGCUGACCAACCAUCAGGUUGUCAGGCGCCAUAUCCUCGGCUCCAUCAUUCAGAGCGAGCGGAGCUACCUGGAGUCCCUCAGGAGAAUCUUGCAGGAAUACCAGAGGCCAUUGAUGGAAGCUGAGCCACGCAUCUUGAGUCCGAGAAAGAUCCGGCCCAUAUUUUUCCGAAUGAGGGAGAUCACACAGUGCCACUCCAUGUUUCAGAUUGCACUGGCGUCACGUGUGGCCGAGUGGGACAGCAGUGAGAAAAUCGGAGACUUAUUUGUCGCCUCGUUUUCCAAGUCCAUGGUGCUGGAUGUAUACAGCGAUUACGUGAACAACUUCACCAAUGCCAUGGCUCUCAUUAAAAAGGCGUGCAUGUCCAAACCAGCCUUUCUGGAGUUCUUAAAGAAGAAGCAGUCAUCGAGUGUUGACCGGAUCACCCUGUACGGCCUGAUGGUUAAGCCCAUUCAACGAUUCCCCCAGUUCAUAUUGCUCCUGCAGGACAUGCUCAAGAACACACCAAAGGGCCACGUGGACCGUCUGCCCCUGCAGCUCGCUCUGACAGAGCUGGAGAUGCUGGCCGAGAAGCUGAACGAACAGAAACGAGUCGCCGACCAGAUUGCAGAGACCCAACAACUAGCCCGCAGCGUCAGUGAUCGCCUGCUCAGUAAGCAACUGAACUCGGAGCAGGGGUCACUGGUCCUUUGUGAGACGCUUAUUGAGACUGUGUACGGCGAGCGGGGACAAGUCCUGAAGUCCAAGGAGAGGAAGGUCUUCCUCUUUGAUGAUGUGCUCAUCUGCGCCAACAUAAAUGUCAAGGGGCCUCCGGAUAUCAGCAGCCUGGUCCCUGUCGGCCCCAAGUACACCAUGAAGUGGAGCGCCCCCCUACAGCAGGUGCAGGUGGUCGAGGUGGGACAGGAGGCGUCUCAAAGCAAGGACACCUUCUUCCAACAGAGCGGGGCCAAGUGGCCAGGUGGCGCCUGCACUUCAGGUAAAGCGAUCCUCGGGCCUCCGCGGCUCUACCAGGAGCUGCAGGAACUGCAGCAUGACCUCUCUGUCGUGGAGGAGGUCACCCUCCUGGUGGGCACGCUGCAGGGGAUGUACCAGAACCUGAACACCACUGUGGCACAGGACUGGUGUCUGGCUCUACAGAGGCUUAUUCGCAUCAAAGAGGAACAGAUCCAGAGUGCUAACAAAUGUCGCUUACGCCUGCAGGUGCCCGGCAGGCCAGACAAGUCAGGGCGUCCGGUCAGUUUCAUGGUGGUUCUCAACACCCCCAACCCCCUUAGUAAGAUCUCCUGGGUCAACCGUCUGCACCUGGCCAAGAUCGCACAACGGGGGGAGAAUUCACCAGGCUGGUUGUGUGGAGAGGACGAGGGGAAGACGUUGGCCCCGUUUUGGUGUCCGCUGCUCGCCUGUCACAUGCCUGUCUUCGCUACAAAGUCCCCAGAGAGAAAGCUUGAGGCUGCCCUCCACAGCCGUGUUCACUGUGCGUUGUUGGGCUUCUCUGCCGCCAGCACCUCGUUACCUCAAGGCUACUUCUGGGUGGCUGGGGGAGAAGGGUCACAUGGGCAUAUCGAGAUAUUUUCCCUCAACAGGCCCACGCCGAGGACUGUGAAGAGCCUGCAGGUAGGCUCCGCUGUCCGAUGUCUGGAUUACGUGCCAGAACCUACUCCGACUGAGGAAGCGGAGGCUGGAGUUCCCAAGUCCACGUCGGGGAUCGGCGCCAACAUUUGUGUCGGAUUAGACGAUGGACGCAUCCUGGUCUAUGGCAGCGUGGACACUUCAGCACAAUGCCUGUUGACCCUCCACAACCCGGAGGGCUGCCCCGUGCUGUGCCUGCAGCACUCCCCCCGCUUCCUGUUUGCAGGCCUGCGGAACGGGACCAUGAUGGUGUACGGAAGGAGUGACAACGAUGAUUUUUGGGACCCAGACUCCCGGAGAUGUGUGAGCCUGGGCUCAGAGCCGGUGCGGACCCUGUUGGUGUUAGACGACUCAGUGUGGGCAAGCUGCGGGAACUCUGUCACGGUCGUGGACAUCUCCAGCCUCACCACUCAGACGUUUGAAGUCCACCCGGACCCGAUGAUCAGCGUGGCACACAUGGCGUGUGCCGGUGGGGGGGCGUGGAUGGCGUUCUCCGAGGGUUCCUCCAUCCGUCUCUUUCACACCGAAACACUGGAGCUGCUGCAGGAAAUCAACAUCUCAACACGCUCAACGCUGCUCAACACUGGUCAGAAGAGCAUGCGAGUCACGAGUCUGCUAAUUUGCCAGGGGUUGUUGUGGGUGGGCACUGCCCAAGGCUUAAUCAUCACUCUUCCAGUUCCCAAACUGGAGGGCAUCCCCAAAAUAACAGGGAAGGGAAUGGUCUCUCUAAAUGCCCACUGUGGCCCAGUGGACUUCCUGGUGGCCACCACCAGCACUCUGUCUCCUGAACUGCUGAAGAGGGAUUCUGUCGCGGAUGGCCCAGACUCUGCCUUCGGAGGCGAGGACCGCAGCGACACCUCCUCCCAGGAAUCCCUGCAGCAGUCCUACCAGGGGGACGGCAGGGGCAAAGGACGCGGCGUCCUGCUGCAGUACAAGCUGCGCUCGACGUCGGGACUGCCCGGGCGGCCGUUAACGGCGCUGGGCGACGAGGCCUCGGACUCCUCCCUGGAGUCCCUGGAGCACAGCGUGGAAGACGGAUCCAUCUACGAGCUGAGCGACGACCCAGAAAUGUGGGUCCGGGGACGUCCUUGCGAGAGGGACGGGGGGCGCAGGGACAGGGUGAUCUCUGCAGCGGUCAUCUCUGGAGGCAAGGGCUUCCGUAGACUUAAGGAAGGGGCGGCAACAGGUACUAGGACAAGUGGCGAGGGUUUAGAGAAUAUUCUCAUGGUAUGGCAGCUCCCACUGACAGUGUGAAAUGGAAAAUAUACGGCAAGGUGAUGGGUAUUUAUAGAUGUCUACCCAGCAUAGCCUUGACUCAACCGGUCCAUAUAUAUUCAAAGGAUUUGAAUAACAUGUACUGUAGGAUGUGAAGGUCUUGCCACCAUUACGGAGCUUGACAGGUUAAGAUUUAUUGGCAUGAGGAAGGUAAGACGUGCUGCUUACCAGCGGUACUGUCAGCCCAUACGAUGCUUUGAAUGUUCAGGCUUGUGCGUCAUCGCCUUCCCAGCAGUGGCGGAGGCCGCCUCUGAUUAGUCGUGAGUGAUUGUUUUGAUCUGGCUUCCUCAUCCUGUCUUUGUUACGAUUGAUACGCCUCGAUUCAACCUCAUCAUCGCGCCGUGCGCUCUGCCACAUUUAUUUCACGCAAAGGACUUGUGUGUGUGUGUGUGUGCGCGGCCACGGACAGCACGCCUUUGAGAGGCAGGCUUUGUUGGAUCUGCCAUGCUCUGCCGAGUCAGAGAUGGACAUUUUUUAUUUGGUCCUGUGGGAGAGAUCCCAUCUGUAUCCAGCUGAAAGCCGGGUACUUCCACCGCAUCCAAAAGCACAUCAGCAUCACUUUAUUAGCUCUUAGCCAGCCUUUCUCUCAUCCCAUACAAUGUGAAUGUGCGAUACCUUCUAUUGUGUCUCAAAAUUGAAUCUGUGCUCUCUUAAAAACAACAAAAAAGGAUUUAAUAUUCCCUGUUUUAAUGCAGCUGUUGCAAAAACAAUUCUUGGUUAUUGAAAAUGAGUUUCUUCCAAGAGCUUACCAUGCCUUGAUUGAGGAGAACCAAGGUAGCACAGACUGGCUGCACAA